AUGCUCGUUUAUGAAAAAGAGGCUGAUGUUAAACAAUUGUCGCCGGAUUUUAUGGCGUUAGUUAAAAUUGAUAGCGUUUUUGGUGUGAUUGCUACUGCUCCUGGUGAUGAAGUUGAUUUUGUUUCGAGGUUUUUUGCGCCCAGUGCCGGCGUUCCUGAAGAUCCUGUUACUGGUUCAGCACAUUGCAGUCUAAUCCCUUAUUGGGGUGAACGGUUGGGUAAAAAUCAGCUGCAUGCUUACCAGAUUUCGGCACGUAAAGGAGAACUUUGAAUAUGCCGUACUGCUCAGCAAUUAUAUUCAAAUGAUAAUGAAUUUCAUGAUUUAUCUCUUUGUGUUCGACAUAAUCAUGCAAAACUAGGAAAUCUUCAUAUUGGUGAUUCAAUAGUUAAUAUUCAAUUAUUAAAUAUGAAUGGUGAAUUCGUUUCAUUAUUAUCUUAUUGUCAUUUAAAUCGUCCAUUAUUAAUUAUUGCUGGUUCAUACACUUGA